AACAAGAUUUUCUGCGAAAAACCCGAAAAGGAAGAGGAACCCUCAAUCCUUUCCAAGAAGUAUUCUCGAAUUUCAGCCUUCAAUAUCACUGAAUUAAAGAGUCAAAUUCGUCAAACCAAAGCGCCCGGAGCUUUUGGAAUUCUCUUCCUCUGCAUAUGCAUUCUUGGUCUACUAGCUGGAGUGGUCUACUUCUUCCUUGAAUCAAUCGGAUUCAUGUUGGUUGAUGUAGCAAAAGCUACUCGUUCUGAGCGACUGAAUGCAUUGAAAAGAGCUAACCGAAUGUGCAAGAAGGAAAUUGCCCACCUCAGAAAGAUUUACCCCGAUAUUGAUUUUGACAAAAUAAUUAUAGAAGAGGUAUACAAAGCUGAAAUCCAAGAACUACGAGAAAUGAAUCCCGAACUCGAUUGGGACAAUGUUAUUGCUGAUUCGCGAAUCUGCUGGUUACAGAAGUGUUACCCCUUUAUUAAUUGGUCGAGGAUAAUGCUUGAAGAACUUCCCGAUAUCCUAAGGGAGAAGUAUCCCCAAAUAGACUGGGACUUCAUAAUUAAAGAAUAUAAAUGUGAACAAAAAAUAGAAGAGAUCAAAGCCAUUUUUCCGAAUAUCGAUUGGGAUCACCUGCUUUGCGAAACGAAAAUCGAGCAUCUUCGAAAGAAUAUUCCUUAUCUGAAUUGGGAUGGAAUUGUUGCUGAACGGAGAAUUCGGAAACUUCGUAAGACCUACCCAAAUAUAAAUUUUGAUAAUAUUGUUUGCGAUGCUAUUUGUGAAUCAGAAAUUAAUAAGCUUAAGGCCCAAUAUCCCCAAAUUAACUGGGGGGAAAUAUUAACUGAAGGGCGGAUAAUGUGGCUGCGAGCACGACAUCCUAUGAUUAAUUGGGAAAACAUUGUCUCUGAAGUCCGCAUUGCAAAACUACGAGCAAUCUACCCCGAAAUAAACUGGCAGAACAUCAUCCAGACCUAUAUAUGCGAUAAUGAGAUUGAGGAGAUCAAGAGACGAUUCCACUGUUUGGAUUGGGAGAGCAUUGUCAAGGGAGCAGAUGCUACUUCAAUAAGAAUGGAAGGUUCGGAAGCUGUUCGACGAUUGACCUCAAGUUUUCCUGAUGUUGCCUGGGAAGAGAUAAUAACUGAACAUUUAAGUGACACUUAUAUGUGCAAUUUAAGGAAAGAAUACCCGUAUCUGGAUUGGGAUGCGAUUACAACUGCAAUAUUUCACCCCAACUUGAACAAAUCUGUGAAUUUCACUCGUCCAGAGGUAUACCAGAAGUUUAGAAGCCUCGUUCCACACCUACAGGACCUGUAUCCCUACGUAGAUUGGAGAUAUUUUGUUGAAAAGAAGUACGCCUCGCCUUACAUAAAUUGGGAUUAUAUCUUGAAAGAAGGAGACCUUAAUAUGUACCCUUCUGGAUGUGUAUUGAAAAGUGCUGCAAUCGAUAGGCUCAAUGACAAAUAUCCCUUUGUUAACUGGAAUAUCUUUUCGGAUGUGGGGGUGGAUAGGAUGAUUGAGGAUCAUCCGUACAUUCAUUGGAAUACUAUUCUGGAUUUUGAAGAUAUUUGCAAAGGCGAAAGUGGGCCGACAAUUCCAGAAGAACAGAGACAAGUUGAAGAAAGUCCACGUAAAGUAGAGGAAACGGUAACUGAAAUUGAACAAGAAGAGACCACCGAGAACCAGCAAACAAAUAAAGCGAUUAAAAUGGAGGAUGAAGAAGAAUAUCUGCUGAAGGAAUAUAGAAUGCGCAGAAGCUUGCAGCUUGGCGAUUUAAGCCUUCGUUUGAAUAGAGAUAAUGUUAUUCAAGGAGGCAAACCACGAACCACUAAAAUAACUUCUAAUGAGAUAAAUGAAAUGGCGGGCAAUCGGCAGAACUCAAAUUUUGUCAGCAUUGUUGACCAUGAAUUAAGCAGCCGAAGACUUGAUGAAUCAGAACAAUAA